AUGGAGUGCGAACUGUUUUAUGACAGCGGUCUCACACGUGCAGAUCACGUUGUGCUGAAAAAUUUGGAGAACGACAUCACUAAGAGACGGGAGGCUCGCUCGGAGCAAACCAAGGGUGACAAUGACUGGCACCAUGUCUCAGCAGCGUCCCAGGCUGAGUCGCAGGACGAAAAGGACUCAAUUGAGGCCAUCAAGGACAUUGCCCUCCUCAAGUCCCUGAGAGACCCCGGCGAUGCUCACUUUGAACCAACCAUAUUUGUGUCCAUUGACGAUCUCCCCAAUCGCCUUCCCAAGUCUGUCAACAAUCUUGUCCUGCAGCCAUUCGUUCGCUGGGCACGGAAAACAGCUCGAUAUGACACAGAUGUGGUGUUCAUUGUGCAUCUGGUGCUGUAUUUUACCACAUCAGUACCAAGCGCGAUCCUUUUAUUCCGAAACUUCAACCUCAUCCAUGGCAUCGUCCAUGCUGUUAUGCAGGUCUACUAUGUUGGCACCUACACGCUCAUGAUGCACCAGCAUAUCCACCAGCGUGGAAUCCUGUCCAAGAAGUACGCCUUGUUUGACAAGCUAUUUCCGUACAUUACGGAUCCCUUGAUGGGACACACGUGGAACUCAUACUUUUAUCACCACGUCAAGCACCAUCAUGUCGAAGGCAACGGUCCAGAUGACCUUUCCUCCACCAUCCGCUAUCAACGAGACGACAUCUUUCAUUUCCUUCACUACGUGGGCCGCUUCUUUUUUCUCGUCUGGUUGGAUCUCCCCACGUACUUUAUGCAAAAGCGCCGCUGGGGAUUGGGUCUGCGAGCAGCAGGCUGGGAGUUCGGCACCUACUUCUUCUAUUAUUCCAUGGCAACUUUUGUCAACAAACAAGCCACCAUUUUUGUGUACAUCAUUCCUUUCUUAUUGAUGAGACUGGGAUUGAUGGCGGGCAAUUGGGGCCAGCAUGCUUUUGUCGAACCCGACGAGCCAGACUCCGAUUAUCGAUCAAGCAUCACCUUGGUGGAUGUUGCAAGCAAUCGAUUCUGCUUCAAUGAUGGUUAUCACACCUCGCACCAUCUUAACCCGCUCAGACAUUGGCGCGAUCACCCAAUCUCUUUCUUGGAGCAGCGGAAAGCCUAUGGCAAAGAAGGAGCAAUUCUGUUUCACAACAUUGACUUCUUGAUGAUCACUUACCGACUGAUGGUAAAAGAUUAUGAAACGUUGGCCAAGUGCAUGGUUCCGCUUGGAGCCGCCCAAACAGACCUCACGAUGGAGGGACGAAUCAAGUUUUUGAAGAGCUUGACACGCAAAUUUUCAGAAGAAGAGAUCCAGAAGAAGUUCAAAAAGCAGGCCUAA